UGGCCGAGAAACACUCCCCCAUUAAGUCCCAGGAAGGUCGCCUGCCUCCCCCUCCUCCUCCCCUCCUCCUCCUCCUCUUGCUUUCCUUACAUGAGGCUCCUUCUCCUUCUUCUCCUUCUUCUUCUUUUUUAAUCCGGGUUUCCUGUAUACUUUUUUGUUUUGUUUUUAAAUAUAAAUAAACUAACCUCUAAGAAGAAAAGGGAGGACAGGGAGAGAUGCGGCUUCCUCCUUCCCAGGGAAUGUGUUUUCACAAAACAUUGGCUCUAAAAGGGUCCAGACAGGAGAAGUAAAUUCCAUCAACACACACCGAGUUGUUGGCUCAGCUUGAAAGUGCUUCCAUGAGUUAACACUGGGCCGAGAUCAGCCCUUCAUUCCCCACAGCCAAGCAAUCUGCAGAUGAACAAUGGGCCAGAAAAUCUCAGGGAGCAUAAAGUCUGUUGAUGUGCGUGAGCCCCCUUACAGGCCAGUCAAACGAGAACUAAGGGGACCAGAUUUCUGCAAGCCUGCACGACUGGAUAUGCUGCUGGAUAUGCCACCAGCCCAUUUGGAGGUCCAACACAAAAAUGCUUGGAACAAUGAAGAUCGAUCUUUAAAUAUAUUUGUGAAGGAAGAUGACAAACUAACAUUUCAUAGACAUCCAGUUGCCCAAAGCACAGAUUGCAUUCGGGGUAAAGUUGGCUAUACAAGGGGCCUGCACGUUUGGCAGAUUCACUGGCCCACCAGGCAACGAGGAACUCAUGCUGUGGUUGGAGUGGCAACAGCAGAAGCUCCUUUGCAUUCUGUAGGAUAUACGUCAUUGGUUGGUAGCAAUAGUGAGUCAUGGGGCUGGGACCUUGGCCGUAAUAAACUUUAUCACAACUGUAAAAACCAGCCUGGGGUGACAUAUCCUGUAUUUUUGGAACCAGAUGAGUCUUUUGUACUCCCAGACUCCUUACUGGUGGUUUUGGAUAUGGAUGAAGGGACGCUUAGCUUCAUUGUGGAUGGACAGUACCUUGGAGUGGCCUUCAGGGGACUAAAAGGGAAAAAACUCUAUCCGGUAGUCAGCGCAGUCUGGGGACACUGUGAAAUUACAAUGAGAUACAUCAAUGGACUUGAUCCGGAACCCCUUCCUUUAAUGGAUCUGUGCCGAAGAUCAAUUCGCUUCGCUUUGGGCAGAGAACGCCUGCAUGACAUAGAAACUCUACCUUUGCCUCAGUCUCUGAAAAAUUAUUUACAAUAUCAGUAAUAUGAUUCUAGCUCUUUAAAUGGUAGAAAUUGUUUACAUUGGAAUAUAAAUCUUCGUGGUGGAUUUUUUGGAGUGUUAUUUAAUUUUAAUUUUAAUUUUUACAUUUUUUUAAAUGAACCAUGGCAGAACAUUAUGGAGACUACUAAGGAAUGUGAAAGCCCUUUGAAUUGGUUUAUUCUAUCAGUGAAAUAAUUAUUGCCUACACUGUUAGCAGCCUUGUUGUGCAGAAUCCAAAGCUUCUCCUCGCGGGUCAGAUCCAAAGUUCAAGUGCAUGUUGGCCUUGAUCUGACACUGGUUAUGCACCAGAUGAAGAGAAAUCCCCAAAGCAGCUCUUAUGGAAGGGGGGGGGAACCUACCCAACAUCUUGUAGUACAGGUUCCUGGUUUGGUGAGUAAAAGAAGUAACCUCUUUUGUUGGGGGUUCUCAAACACCAGAAUCACAACUCCACAAGGAGAUAGAGUGGUAUAUCUGGGAAGUCAUUGCAAUUCCUGUACAUGUUAGCUAUGAACCAAAGUGCUUUACACAUUGGGGCUGUUCGUUCUUACUUGUGAAGGAAAAUGCUCCAGUGUGCACACAGGAUUCUCAUGUGCAUCAUAGAAAGGAAAGAGGCACCCUUGUGCCUAUGGAGCAUUGGAGCUGCAUUGGAACUGCUAGAUUGUGGCCUUUACUUUUAGGUGCUCAGGUUUGUUUGUUUUUCAGAAAUACAAUCUUCAUACUACACCACCUGCCAUUUUAAAAAUGUGUUAUGAAACAGCUGUGUCUUGAUUUUAAAAAGUAGUCAAUCUUCUUUUCCAAAGUAACUCAGCUCAAUCUGCCAACCAGUUAAACUGGGGCACUUUUUAAAACUGGUCCUCCCGCUCCCCUAUUACUUCAGCAGGAGGGCAUUUUUCUUAAAAUUGUGUUCUCAAGCUUAACUUGUUGCUGAUUACACUAUGUCUCUGUUCCAGUUCUAUGUUGUCAAGCCUUUUACCCUCAAAUAUCAUGCUAGAACAAAUUCUGUUAUAUUUCAUGAACUCCAAAUAUUGGAUUUUGUGGGAUAUGAUGACUCAUGUGAGCACUCCCAUGGUCCUUGAGCUUACAGAGGGAUUCUUCCAGUCAUGCAAGCUAUCCUUACCCACUGCCUAAACUGUAUACCACCCCCUCUCUCCUUGGUGAAUGUUCAGUAGACUUUUUGAUAUACUGGAUGUUCAUAUAUACUGACACACAGAACUUCUGCACCCAAGAAGGCAUUAAGGUUGAUGUAACAUGAUUGUCUAUGCAGUAUGUGUUUAGUAGCUCUCUGUGCCACUAUGGAGCUCUGCAUACAUGCACAUGUGGCAGUGGUGGCAGGUAGCUUCCAUGUCAGUGAAGCAGUGAAUCCUUGCUGAGUUUUUCAUUUUGGGAAUAUUGUUUCGGCCUUUGGGUAGAUCUUUUAAAUUUUGGAUUAAAAACUGGAGCAGAUUAUCUGCCUAACUGACAUGGAAGCAACCAGCCACUGGCACACAGAAAACUCAUUCUCACGCAUGUCUAAUGAAUUUUCAUCAGAAGAAGUGGAGGAAGUACUGUAUAUGGUUCAAGCACUUGGUAAGAGUAACCCAUAGAGUCCCCAUAUGUUCUUUGCUCAUGUGGGAGAGGUUCAUGUGUGCCCCAUACAACCCAAAAUCUGUAGAAUUUAUCAUAUUUUUAAGUAUUUGCUCUCUGGGGAGGAUGGCUUUUCUUCCUUUCUCUGUACUGUUACAGUGGGUAUCCAUUCAUCAAGAUCAACUUGUUUUUAAAGACACAGCUUUGUUUUUCCAUUUCUUUCUAUGUUCUCUGCCUGAUCAGUUACCUAGUUUUUAACUGGAAGUUGUUUUAAUGGCAGGAUGUCAAAAAUUUAGACUGAGCUGCCUUCAGCCUAUUUUAAUGUGAAUUUACCGAAGAAUGAAGAAGUUUCUAAUAAAGUCUACUG